CAGCCGUGGGUCCCGCCCGCCGGGGAGAGGCGGAUCCUGACGCCCUGCGCCUCCUCCGCACCCAUCCUAGCAGAGCAGGGCAGUUGGAGUCCUGUGCGCACAGCUGUCGGUGUCCUCGGCCAUGGUGGCUGCCGCGCUCCUGCUCGGCCUGGCGCUCCUGGCGCCGCGGGGGGCCAGGGCGGGCACGGGUGCAUGUUACGACGGCUCCGGGCGCGCUCAGCGAUGCGUGCCGGAGUUCGAGAACGCGGCGUUCGGCCGGCGCGCUGAGGCUUCGCACACGUGCGGCAGCCCACCCGAAGACUUCUGUACGCACCUGGGGGCGCCCGGCGCCGCGGCGCAGUGCCAGCGCUGCGACGCCGCGGACCCCAGGCGCCACCACAACGCCUCUUACCUCACCGACUUCCACAACCAAGACGAGAGCACCUGGUGGCAGAGCCCCACCAUGGCCUUCGGCGUGCAGUACCCCACUUCGGUCAACAUCACUCUCCGCCUGGGGAAGGCUUAUGAGAUCACCUACGUGCGGCUGAAGUUCCACACCAGUCGUCCUGAGAGCUUCGCCAUCUACAAGCGCAGCCACGCGGGUGGCCCGUGGGAGCCCUACCAGUACUACAGCGCGUCCUGCAAGAAGACCUACGGGCAGCCCGAGGGCCACUACCUGCGCCCCGGCGAGGACGAGCGCGUGGCCUUCUGCACCUCCGAGUUCAGUGACAUCUCCCCGCUGAGCGGGGGCAACGUGGCCUUCUCCACCCUGGAGGGCCGGCCCAGCGCCUACAACUUCGAGGAGAGCGCUGUGCUGCAGGAGUGGGUCACCAGCACAGAGCUCCUCAUUUCCCUGGACCGGCUCAACACAUUUGGGGACGACAUCUUCAAGGACCCCAAGGUGCUCCAGUCCUACUACUAUGCUGUGUCCGACUUCACUGUGGGCGGCAGGUGCAAAUGCAAUGGCCAUGCCAGCGAGUGUGGCCCCAGCGAGGAGGGCCAGCUGGUCUGCCGGUGCCAGCACAACACCACGGGCACGGACUGUGAGCGCUGCCUGCCCUUCUUCCAGGACCGCCCGUGGGCUCGCAGCACGGCCGAGGCCGCCAACGAGUGUGUGCCCUGCAACUGCAGCGGCCACUCCGAAGAGUGCACGUUUGACCGGGAGCUCUACCGCAGCACGGGUCACGGCGGACACUGCCGCAACUGCCGCAGCCACACAGGCGGGCCGCACUGCGAGCGCUGCCAGGAGCUCUUCUUCCGCUGGGACCGACGGACACCGUGCCAGCCCUGUGACUGCCACCCAGCAGGCUCCCUGCACCUCCAGUGUGACGACUCGGGCAUCUGUGCCUGCAAACCCACGGUGACAGGCUGGAAGUGUGACCGCUGCCUGCCUGGGUUCCACUCGCUCAGCGAGGGUGGUUGCAGACCCUGCACCUGCAAUCCUGCUGGCAGCCUGGGUACCUGUGACCCCCGCAGUGGGCGCUGCCCCUGCAAAGAGAAUGUGGAAGGCAACCUGUGUGACAGGUGCCGCCCAGGGACGUUUAACCUGCAGCCCCACAAUCCGGCCGGCUGCAGCAGCUGCUUCUGCUACGGCCACUCCAAGGUGUGUGCAGCCGCUGCCCAAUUCCGGGAGUACCACAUCCUCUCCAACUUCUGCCAGGGAUCUGGGGGCUGGCGAGCCAGAAGCGUGGGGGGCCCAGAGCACCCAGCACGGUGGACCGUGAGUGGCAUCCUCCUGAACCUGAAAGACGAGGAGGAGUUUUCAGCACCAGAGAAGUUCCUGGGAGACCAGCGGUUCAGCUAUGGGCAGCCCCUCAUGCUGACCUUCCGAGUGCCCCCCGGGGUGUCCUCUCUCCCCGUGCAGCUUAGACUGGAAGGGGCAGGCUUGGCCUUGACUCUGCAGCACUCCAACCUGUCCAGCCCUCUGGAUGCCGGGCAGCAGGGGAAGCUGCACCUCUGGUUCCGGUUGCAGGAGGCCUCUGAGGACUCGAAACCCCCGCUGUCCCCCUUCCACUUCCAGCGGCUCCUUGCCAAUGUGACUGCUCUGCACAUCCGGACCGGCCGCCGCAGCCCCAGCCCUUCGGGCCAAGUGUUCCUGACCGAGGUCCGGCUCACGUCGGCCCGGCGGGGGCUUUCCCCACCAGCCUCCUGGGUGGAGACUUGCUCUUGUCCCCAGGGGUACACAGGCCAGUUCUGUGAAUCCUGCGCUCCAGGGUACAAGAGGGAGACAGCACUGGGGGGUCCCUACGCCAACUGCGUCCCGUGCACCUGCAAUCAGCAUGGCACCUGCGACCCCAACACAGGGAUCUGCUUGUGCAACCACCACACCGAGGGCCCAUCCUGUGAGCGCUGCUCGCCGGGUUUCUAUGGCAACCCCUUUGCCGGCCACGCCAACGACUGCCAGCCCUGCCCGUGCCCCGGACAAUCGGCCUGCACCACCAUCCCAGAGAGCACGGAGGUGGUGUGUACCCACUGCCCGCCGGGUCAGAGAGGACGGCACUGUGAGCUCUGCGAUGAUGGCUUUUUUGGAGACCCUCUGGGGCUCUCUGGGAGCCCCCAGCCCUGCCGCCCAUGCCAAUGCAGUGGGAACGUGGACCCCAACGCCAUGGGCAAUUGUGACCCCAUAUCUGGCCACUGCCUGCAGUGCCUCUACAACACGACGGGAGCCCACUGCGAGCGCUGUCAGGAAGGUUUCUACGGGAGUGCACUGGCCCCUCGGCCCGCAGACAAGUGCAAGCCCUGCAGCUGCCAUCCAGGGGGUUCAGUCAGUGAGCAGAGACCCUGUGACCCAGUGACCGGCCAGUGCUCCUGCCUGUCCCACGUGACCGGGCGGGACUGCAGCCGCUGCAGCCCCGGCUUCUACAACCUCCAGCCCAGGAAGGGUUGCCAGAGCUGCAAGUGCCACCCGCUGGGUGCCCGGAAGAACCAGUGCCACCCCAAGACCGGGCAGUGCCCCUGCCACCCAGGCGUCGAGGGCCAGGCCUGUGAUCGAUGCCAGCUGGGUUUCUUCGGCUUCUCCGCCAAGGGCUGCCGUGCCUGCAGGUGCUCCCCACUGGGCGCCGCCUCGGUCCAGUGCCACGAGAACAGCACGUGUGUGUGUAAGCCAGGCUUUGUGGGCUACAAGUGUGACCGCUGCCAAAACAACUUCUUCCUCACGGCUGGUGGCACACACUGCCAGGAGUGCCCGGUCUGUUACGCCCUGGUGAAGGAAGAGGCUGCCAAGCUGAAGGCCAGGCUGACGCUGAUGGAGGGGUGGCUGCAGGGGUCCGACUGUGGCUGGCCCUGGGGACCCCUGUAUGUGCUCCAGGGAGAGGCCCCACGGGGGGACGUCCACCAAGGCCCCCAUCUGCUGCAAGCAGCCCGGGCAGCUUUCCUGCAGCAGAUGAUGGACCUGGAGGGUGCUGUGAAGGCUGCCAGGGAGCAGCUGUGGGUGCUGAGCAGGAAUGCCCGCUGUGACCAGGCUGGAGCCGAGAAGACCUGCAUCCAGCUGGCAGACCUUGCAGUGGUGCUGGAGUCCUCCGAAGAGGAGAUUCUGCAUGCAGCCACUGUUCUCUCCUCUCUGGUAAUUCCUCAGGAAGCACCCAGCCAGCCCGCCAACUGGAGCCAUCUGGCCACGGAGGCCCGUGUGCUGGCCAGGAGCCACAGAGACACUGCCACCAAGAUUGAGGCCACUGUGCGGAGGGCCCUGCUUGCCUCCAACACCAGUUACACGCUCCUCUGGAGUCUGGCUGAGGGCAGAGUGGCUAUGGAGACCCAGCAGGAACUGGAGGACAGGUACCAGGAGGCCCAGAAAGCCCAGAAGGCACUGGACAUGGCUGUGGCAGAGGUGGUGCCCAAAGCUGAGAGGGUGCUGGCCGCCGUGCAGCAAGUCAGCACAGAUGGAGCCCCACGCCUGGCCCUGCUGCCUGCCCCUGGAAUGCUGGAGCCCCUGGCCAGGGACCUGCGCCUAAAAGUGCAGACCCUGGAGAGGACGGUUUCAUCCAGAGAGCGCGUGGCCACCGAGGCUGCCCGAGCCCUCCAGGCCACCGCCCAGGUGGUGCUGCAGAAGACGGAGCCCCUCACACAGCUGCACGAGAAGGCCAGAGUUGCCCUCACCCGGGCUUCCUCAUCCGUCCAAGCUGCCUCAGUGACCGUUGCAGGAGCCAGGACCCUGCUGGCCGACCUGAAAGGAAUGAAGCCCCAGCUUCCUCGGCCUGAGGACCAGGCUGCACUGAGGAGGAAGGCAGCCAUCAUCCAGGACAGGCUCUUUGCAGACACAAAGAAGAAGACCACAAAGGCAGAGAGGAUGCUGGGAAACACAGCAUCUGUCUCCUCCAGGGCCAAGGAGGAGGGCAGAGAUGCAGAGCUGUUGGCCACAGACAGUGCCAAGCUCGCCAAGGCUUUGCUGCGGGAGGGGCAGCAGGAACACCGCCUUGCCCGCCGGCUCGCCAGCCAGACACAGGUGAUGCUCCGACAGGCCUCCCAGCAGGUGCUCAUCUCCAAAACACGCAGACGGGAGCUGGAGGAAGCCGAGCAGCUCCGUGCUGGGCUGAGUGAGUUGGAAUGGCAGAUCCGGGAGUCACGCCUCUCCCUGGAGACGGACAUCAAGGCAUUGUCGGGACUACUUGCCAAGCUGGGGUCACUGGAGACCCAUCAAGCUCCAUCCCAGGCUCUGAAUGAAACCCAGAGAGCAUUGGAACACAUCAGGCUUCGACUCGGCCCGCCGGGGGCCCUGCAGGGGAAACUGAGAAUGUUAGAGCAGGAGUCUGAGCAGCAGGAGCUGCAGAUCCAGGACUUUGAGAAUGACCUUGCCGAGAUCCGCGCUGACAAGCAGAACUUGGAGACCAUUCUGCACAGCCUGCCCAAGAGCUGUGCCAGCUGGCGGUGAGGGGCUCCUAGACCCCCAGCGCAUAUGCCCCCAACUUCCCCUAGCUGUGCACUCUGCCCAGGGCAUGUACACACACCCCAUGGAGGCACCCACACAGGCACACCCACCAGAAGCCUGCUGCUGUGUACCCUCCUCUGUGUGAAUACUCAUAUACCUUCCUGAGUCUGUGUCUGGAUCCACCUCCUUGCCAGCAGGGUGUGCCCAUACAAACAAGUGUAUGAAAACACAGUUUACCCAGGCAGCUGUUGCAUGCACAUCCCCAUCAGUGAGCACUCCCACCCCUAUACAUGCAUAAGCUGGACACCCCCAGGGUCAAUAACAUGUACAUACCUGCACAUGUGCAUGUUGUGGGUACAUGUCUAUGUGUAUGAUACACACGUGUACAAAUCCAUCCAUGCAUACAUACACAUUACCACCAGACCACAAGUAUUUAUUGAGAGCCAACUGUGUGGUACACACCCUCUGGAUGAGUUACACUGUUGUUCUGUUAAAUACCUAUGAUGCUAAUUUAUACACUCUUGCUCCAGAAAGAAGGAGGGACCCAAGCAGGGUUGGCACUGGGAAGCUGAGAGGGACCAUCCGCAGACAUCUGACAUGGGUGGAGGCCCUCAUGGUGAGGCUGCUCUAGGCCCUGGGUUCAGCAAGUAGCAGAGUCCCUAGCUCAGAGCUGCCUUCUGUCAUCCUGUAGCUCCCCCCUCCACAACACACACACUCAUCACCCACCACACAUACCCACUAGCUCUGCCCACCUGAAGGACCGGACAGGUCAAGAAAUGCAAGAUCCUAGGCGAUUUCUCAGCAGUGGAACCUGAUGCCCAGGGACUCCUACUGGGCUGACCAGGGGCAUGGCCCACCCCUGGCAGGAUUAUCGUUUGUUUCAUUGGAUGCUUCAUUCUCAGGAUCUGGGUCUGGACCAGACUCACUGAAGGAAUUGCCCUGCCCUGGGCCUGGGUGCCCCUUUCCGCUUUGGCUUGCUCAAAGAGCCAGGGCUUCAGGAGUCCAAGGGGGCCUGGGUCAGAAGGGCUUACACAGGCUGCCAGGACAUCUCCUCUGUGACCCUGCCGACCCCAGUUGGCCUUUGACUGAUUAACACUUUCCUAACGGGACCUGCCCCCAACCUGCCACGAGGGAGGCUGCCAGGGGGCUGGUCAGUCCUGGCUGUCCUUCCCCAGGGAUGCCCGGGUCGUCAGCCCCCUUGCAGCCUCUGCCUGAGAUUCCCCCACAUUUCCUCUUGGCACUUCCUCCUCCCCUUUCCAGGGAGACACCAGGCUGUGUGGGCUUUGGGGGAGGAUGGGUGCCUCAGCAGGCCCAGCCCACUCCCACAGCUCUUUCUGCCCUCAAGCUGUGCCCCAUCCCCCAAAGCAUGUCUGGGACUAGAGGGGGCAGCGCAGAG